AUGCUGCAGCACGGGCCUCAGCAGCAGUGGCAGCAACGGGCAGCAAGGGCAGCAGCUGGUGCUGCAGCAGCAGCAACAAAAGCAGCAGCAGCAGCAGCAGCAGCAGCAGCAGCAGCAGCAGCAGCAGCAGCGGGGGGGGUGCGCAUUCAGCUGAGGGUGGUGGUGGUGGUGCUGCUGCUGCUGCUGUUGUUGCUGCUGGGGAAAACGCAGGAGGAGGGGGGAGCUGCUGCUGCUGCUGCUGCUGCUGCUGCGACUACUGCUAAUCCUGCUGCUGCUGCUGCUGCUGCGGCUACUGCUGAUCCUGCUGCUGCUGCUGCUGCUGCUGCAGUGGUCUUGGCGUUUCUGGCUAGAAGGGCUUUCAUGCGCCUCGAUCCCACCCGAUCCCAGAAGCAACAGCAGCAGCAACAGCAGCAGCAGCAGCAACAGCAGCGGCAGCACUUCGGUACAAGCAGCAGCAGCAGCAGCAGCAGCAGCAGCAGCAGCAGCAAAAUCCCAGCAUCGGGGAAAGCAGCAGCAGGAGCAGCAGAAGGCGAAGGCCGUUGCGAGCAGCAGCAGCAGCACCAGCCGCCGCCGCAGCAACAGCAGCACCGAACCCUUAGCAGCAGCAACAGCAGCAGCAACAGCAGCAGCAGCAGCGGCAGCAGCAGCAGCAACAGCAGCGCACAACCCUCAGCAGCAGCAGCAGCAGCAACAGCAGCACCGUAA